AUGAGUGUGUGCGUGUUUGGCAGCAGCAGCAACGCCAUUGUCAGCAGCAGCAUUACUACGUUACGACGCCAUGGGCAUCUGGGCGCGCAUCAAGGGCUCCACCACCGAGUUCAAGAAUCCCAACGCCAUCGGCCAGGCGAGAGCGUGGGUGUGUGUUCAUGUGCAGCGUUGGCUGCACCAACGCCAUUGGCAGCAGCAACGUUACGACCUCACAUCGCCAUGGGCUGGGCGGGCAUCAAGGGGUCCACCACCGAGUUCAAGAACCCCAACGCCAUUGGUCAGGCAAUCGCCAAGAACCUGCCGCCCUCCCCGAUGGUGGAAAAGACGAGCAUUGCCGGCCCGGGCUUCGUGAACAUCGUGCUGACGCAAGCCUGGCUGGAAGAGCACGUGUCUGGCGUCUUGAAGGGCGCUGGCAUCGCUGCGUGGGCUCCUAAACUGCCUGGUUUCGGGUUUUGGGUUUUCGGGUUGAAGGGUGGGUUUGCGCGCCCUGGCUACCUGCCUGUGGCGCGGGCGGUGGUGGAUUUCUCGUCGCCCAACAUCGCCAAGGAGAUGCACGUGGGGCACCUGCGCUGCGGUCCACCAUCAUUGGUGACACGCUGGCCCGCAUGCUCGAGUACUGCCACGUGGAGGUCCUUAGGAGGAACCACGUCGGCGACUGGGGCACCCAGGUACAACCAGGGUUUGGGGUUUAAGGGGAGGGGAAAGGGGAUGCUCGAGUACUGCCACGUGGAGGUCCUCAGGAGGAACCUUGUGGGCGACUGGGGCAUCCAGUUUGGCAUGCUGAUCAAGUAUCUAUUCGACAAGUUCCCCGACUGGGAAACCAUCGGCGAUCAGGCAAUUGGCGACCUGCAGUUUGGCAUGCUGAUUGAAUACCUGUUCGACAAGUUCCCUGACUGGGAAACCAUUGGCGAUCAGGCCAUCGGAGAUCUCCAAGUCUUUUACAAGGCGGCCAAGAAGCGCUUUGAUGAGGACGCAGAGUUCAAGGAGAGGGCGCAGAGGGCGGUGGUGAAGCUGCAGGGAGGGGGAGGAGGAGUACCGGAAAGCGUGGGCCAAGAUCUAGAGACUAGAGAGAGUGAAGGAGGAGAGGCGCAGAGGGCGGUUGUGAAGCUGCAAGGGGGGGAGGAGGAGUACCGGAAAGCAUGGGCCAAGAUCUGUGACGUCAGCAGGAAGGAGUUUGAUCUGGUUUGCCAGCGGUUGGGCAUCAAACUCGAGGAGAAGGUGAAUGUGGAAGCAGUUUGUGGGCUUGCUGUGUUUGUUUGUGGGGUUGAAAGGGUCUCGUUUUCAGGGUUGGGUGGAGGUCAAGGAGAGGGGGCGAUGCAGAGGGCGGUGGUGAAGCUGCAGGGGUGGGGGGGUGAGGAGUACCGCAAGUUAUGGGCCAAGGGGGAGAAGAAGGUGGCGUUAAAGGCGAAAGACGGCGAGUCGUUCUACAACUCGCGCAUCCCUGCAGCACAGGAGAAGGUCAAGGGCAGCUGGGCUGGUGGUGGAGAGCGCAGGGGGGAAGUGGGAGGGGUGGAGGGGGAGGCAGAGCAGGACUCGUUCUACAACUCGCGCAUCCCUGCAGCGCUUGAGAAGCUCAAGGCGGCCGGGUGGUGGUGUGCGAGAGCGAGCUACUGCAUAGAGGAGGAGAAGGCGGAAUGGGUCCUAUCGCAUAUAGGAGGAGAAGGCGGAGCGGGUCGUUCAAGACAUGGACGUUACUCGUCUCUUCCUUUCCGGGCCCCUUCGUUCAUCCCCUUCCCCCACUCUCCCCUCCAUCUUUCACCAACCCCCUCACAGAUACUGCGCAGAGGAGGAGAAGGCGGAGUCGGUUGUCCACGUGACGUGGUGCUUCCUUCGCUUGCUGUGCCUCCCUCGCUUGCUGUGCUCCCUCGCUUGCUGUGCCUCCCUCGCUUGCUGUUGCCUCCCUCGCUUGCUGUGCCUCCCUCGCUUGCUGUGAUCCUCGCUUGCUGUGCCUCCUUCGCUUGCUGUGCCUCCUCGCUGCUGUGCCUCCCUCGCUUGCUGUGCCUCCCCGCUUGCGUGCCUCCCUCGCUUGCUGUGCCUCCCUCUCUUGCUGUGCCUCCCUCGCUUGCUGUGUCUCCCUCGCUUGCUGUGCCCUCCCUCGCUUGCUGUGCCUCCCUCCCCCUCCCUCAUCUCUCACCUCGCUCUCUCCUCCCCCUGCAUUUCCCUCCCUCACAGCUACCGCAUAGAGGAGAGAAGGCGGAGUGGGUUGUCUACGUCACGGAUGUUGGGCAGUCGCAGCACUUGACAUGUUCUUCAAG